AUAAAACAUCACUCUCACUAAAAUGAAGGCACACAUGUCCACAUUACACGAUGCCGUUUUACUCGAAGUCAUCUCACCUCCAUUGCGACUUCAAAUUUCCAUAAACUCGACUCGACCGACCUACCAAUCUCGCUCAAUCUAUACGCAUACACACCUGUAUCUAUUUGUUCACCAACACAUUACUGUUUCAUUCUCUUCCAGUAAACCCUAGAUCUCCAAAAUUGAAACCCUAGUUAAUCAACAAAGUUACCAUAAACGCUUUAACUCAAUAUAUUCCGUUUGCAUUGGAAUUUGAUUCCGAUUUCUGUUUGUGUGCAUUUGAGAAUUUGAAUUUUGAAAAUUUUUGGGAAGGGAUGAUGGUUGAGAUGUACAAUGGAGGGCAGUAAAGCAGUUAUCAACAUUGUUGAAAGUAGAAAAGAGAACGGCAGCUCCAGCGAUGGUCGCCCGCCGAUUCCCAAUCCUCUCGCAGCUGCCGCCGCCUACCAACACCGCCUGAGCUCUGGCAGCACACCGUCGCCGUGUUCAAAGUCUCUCCUUCGACACCCGUCUCUGGUAUUUUCGAUUCUCUCAACUUGCGUUAAAAAAAUUACUAUUUUUAUAUUUUACAGCUCACUGGUGGUGGCAAAUGCUGGAGAUUGCAGAGCAGUACUAUGUCGUCGUGGUAAAGCAAUUGAGAUGUCAAGGGAUCACAAAACUGUUUGUUUGAAAGAAAGAAGGCGUAUAGAAGCAUCUGGAGGAUACAUUUAUGAUGGAUAUCUCAAUGGACAGCUAAAUGUUGCUCGUGCUUUAGGAGAUUGGCACAUGGAAGGAUUGAAACAUAUGGAUGGUGGACCACUUAGUGCAGAGCCUGAAUUAAUGAGCACAAAACUAACAUCAGAAGACGAGUUCCUCAUCUUAGGCUGUGAUGGUGUAUGGGACGUUUUCAUGAGUCAAAAUGCUGUUGACUUUGCCCGUCGAAGAUUACAAGAACACAACGAUCCAGUGCAGUGUAGUGAGGAUCUCGUUAACGAGGCUUUGAAGAGAAAGAGUGGAGACAAUUUGGCUGUGGUUGUUGUGUGUUUUCAACAACAACCGCCUCCAAACUUGGUUGCUCCUCGUGGACGGGUACACAGGAGCAUUUCAGCUGAAGGUUUGAAGGAGUUACAAGGCUUCUUGGAUAGCCUAGAAAAUUGAGAUGGACAUGAAGGUUUUUCGUUCCUCUUCGUACUUUCUAUCCGUUGUUAAAACUUUACAUGUCGUUCUCGUUGAUGUUGAGUUAGGAGAGGAUGUAUUGUCCAACUGUAACACAUGCGGCUCUGAUUUUUUUAGGUUUCUUUUAUCUCCUUCAGAUUUUCUCAGUUUCCCUGUUUCAUUUUAACUAAUGUUAACAUUGAAUUGACUGUAGUCCAUAUGAUGUAGUCCAUAUGAUUAUUUGCAUGAAUCAUUAAAUCUUGUUUA